UCAGGCUACAUUUCCAAUCACCUAAACAACUGGGCGAGACGGCGACCUCGGCAAGGCUGCAGUGAGAGGCUCUCCUGCCCCUGGGAUUGCCUUCAGCCACCUCCUUGGAAGAAUCCAUCUUUUAAUUUUUUUAUUAUUAUUUUAAAAAACCACGAACAAACCAAGAAUCUUAAGACACGCCUUUUGGGGGAAAAGAACAUUUCUAAUUGUGUGUGGAUAAAUUGGAAAAAUCUUUCCAGCUUUUAGCAUGAUGUCUUACCUCAAACAGCCCCCCUAUGGCAUGAAUGGGCUGGGGCUGGCGGGACCUGCGAUGGAUCUUCUCCACCCUUCCGUGGGGUAUCCGGCCACCCCUCGGAAGCAGCGGAGGGAGCGUACCACCUUCACCCGAUCGCAACUGGACGUCUUGGAGGCGCUUUUCGCAAAGACCCGCUACCCGGACAUCUUCAUGAGAGAGGAAGUGGCGUUGAAAAUCAACCUGCCGGAGUCCAGAGUCCAGGUCUGGUUCAAAAACCGUCGCGCCAAGUGUCGCCAGCAGCAGCAGAGCGGCAGCGGCGCCAAGAGCCGCCCGGCCAAGAAGAAGUCGUCGCCGGCGCGGGAGAGCUCUGGCUCGGAAAGCAGCGGCCAGUUCACGCCGCCCGCCGUCUCCAGCUCCGCCUCGUCGUCUUCCUCCAGCUCCAACUCCUCAGGCCCGGCGAGCGGGGCAGCCGCCUUGGGCAACCCUGCUGGCAGCGGUGCCGCCGGAUCCGGGUCGGCCUCGUCGUCUUCCUCCGGGUCCCUGAGCAGCGCGCCCUCUGCGGUGGCGGCCUCGUCCAUCUGGAGCCCCGCGUCCAUCUCGCCUGGCGCUGGGCCGGAGCCCCUGGCGCCCGGCGGCGCGUCCUGCAUGCAGCGCUCCGUCUCGGGCGCGCCGUCCGCCUCUUACCCGAUGUCCUACGGGCAGGGCGGCGGCUACGGGCAGGGCUACCCAGCGCCGCCUCCGCCUCCGCCUCCCCCCUCCUCGUCCUACUUCGGCGGGGUGGACUGCAGCUCCUACUUGCCCAUGCACGCGCACCCUCACGCGCACCAGCUCAGCCCCAUGGCGCCUUCCUCCAUGGCCGGCGCGGCGCAUCCGCAUCCGCACCACCCGCUCGGCCAGGGCUCCAGUCACCACCAUCACCAUCACCACCACCACCACCACCAGCCGGGCUACGGGGGAACCGGACUGGCCUUCAACUCCUCCGACUGCCUGGACUACAAGGAACCGGCCCCAGCCGCGGCCUCUUCCUGGAAGCUGAACUUCAACUCCCCGGACUGCCUGGACUACAAAGACCAGGCCUCUUGGCGCUUCCAGGUGCUGUGAGGGAGGCCCUUCGCGGGGAAGUUUUAUCCAGCCAAAGGAGGAAGGCAGCGCCAGCCGCGUCUCCGCUCAAGCACCCGCAGCCCCGCCACCACCCAGCUCCCUCUCGCCACAUUUCCUCGGGCAGCCUCUGUCUCCCCGCGCCCAGCACCGACGUCCUCCUCCUUCGCCCCAGUCUCUGCGCUCUCUCCACCGAAGCGUCGGCCUUCCUCCACCCCAAACCACCUCUUCUCACUCAGACCAGUUCAUCGUUACUUUUCUUUUUUAAAAAAAAUAUUUAAAGAACAUGAAAAGAAAGUGUAAGCACCCCGUGUCCAAAUAGCAUGCCUAUUUUUCAGCUCCUUCCCACACAACCAAGGACGCGGCUAAAAGGCUCCUGGAUCAGACCUGCUGCUCUCCGCCUCUCUCUUAUCAGUUUGACUCCUGGUGUGUUAUUUAUUCGCUGUCUGGGAUUAUGUUCCUUAUUGUGCUCUCAUUUUUAAACAGAAGUGAACUUUAAAUCUAAAUUCGUUCUCCUUCUUUUCACAUAUAUGUUCCUUGGAGACACACACUCGCGCACAUACAAGAUUUCUUCCCCCGCCCCAGCCAUGUUGCUGUAAGCUUUGUAACGCUCACUCUCGUCCAUGGGAAGGUGUGAGAGAGGAAGCGCCUUUUGCUUUCUUGCCGAUUGCAGACUUCUGUGUACAGCUCUUAAUCCCCCCAAUCUCCUUGGGAGACUCUUCUCCCCUCUCCCCCAGUUCUCUCCGUAGGAUUGUAUUACAAAAAACGGCAGGAAUUGUGUAUAUAGUGUAAUGUUAAGUCCGUUCCAUCCAGAGACCCUUUUUAUUAUUAGUUUGAUUAACUGAGGUGAAGGUGAACUCAAUAUCUUGAGCCUAACGUACAGGAAAUCGAAGGAACCGCACGCAUCUCCUCUUUUUUCCCUGGCCAUUACUUCCCCUUGCAACUUUUUUGGUCUCUUUAUAUCUCGAUAAUUUUUGCGGGUGGGGAAGAGGAAGGUUCCACUAGUUGGGAAAGACAGGAAUGCCCUGUUUGGUAAGGGGAGGGGGGUGAGGUGAGGGAAAUAGGCAUUUCGAGGGGUGGGGAAGUAAAAGGUGCGACGAAAGGCAACUCUCUGCUGGAAAAGCGGAGCAGAUGUAGGUGCGGGAGUUGGAACGCGCUACGCGCCAACGGAACAGCCCCUGGAGCAGAUCACGCUAGUCCUCCUUUCUCUAGUGUUGCCUAGGCUGGACACAUCCCACGUACUCUAUCAUCCGCCUCCAAAAAAAUAAAACCCGUUUUGGGCCUGCUUUGCUCUUGGGAAUGGAGAGGAAAGAGAGAGUGCGAAAUUGUAAAGUUGAUUAUUUACCCCGUUAAUGCAACAGUCACCUGUUGAAAUGUAAGGCAAAUCUCCCCCCUUCCCUUUAUCUACAUAUCCCUA